AUGAUUAAAGAUAACAACGAAAUUGUUCCACUAAUGGGCAAGAAAACAAACCUGCCUGGAAAUCCCCCUGCAAACCAGCAAGAGAAAAAGGUGACUGAAGGCACUCCCACCAAGAAAAGUUCCCACUUUUUCCUGGAGAUUGAUGGUUUUGAAAGCAAUGCCAGUCCCAAUAACACCUCUCCCCCCGUGUUUUCCAAACCCAUGGAUUCCAAUAUUCGCCCGUGUGCAUCUGCAAAUGGGGAAGACAUGGAUUCCCCUCAGUCUCUUCAGGAUGAUGCCACAGAAUACAGCCCUAACGUGGACAGCUGUGGUGCUACCACAUGCCAAGGCCCUGAGCUGAGGAGUGCCAGGAAGAAGCUGAAGAGGAACCUGUUCCGGGCAGUGUCCGAGGGGAACGCGGAGGAGCUGCAGCGGCUGCUGGCCGAGCUGAGGGAGCGCUCGGGCUCCUGCACCUCCCUGCCCGUGCCAGAUUACUUGAUGAAGAAGUUCACGGCUUCAGACACUGGCAAAACUUGUCUGAUGAAAGCUCUGCUGAACAUCAACCAGAACACAAAUGAGAUAGUGAACAUGCUCCUGUCCUUUGCAGAGGAAAAUGGCAUUUUGGAGAGAUUUAUCAAUGCAGCAUACACAGAAGAGGCAUAUAAAGGCCAGACAGCUCUAAAUAUUGCCAUUGAGAGGAGACAGUAUGAAAUCACCCAGAGCCUCAUAGAGAAAGGAGCUGAUGUCAAUGCUCAUGCCCAGGGCAUUUUCUUUAAUCCCAAACACAAGCAUGAAGGCUUUUAUUUUGGUGAGACUGCCCUGGCUUUGGCAGCAUGUACCAACCAGCCAGACAUAAUUGAGCUGUUAAUGGACAAUGCCAGGACCAAUAUUUCCUCUCAGGAUUCCAGAGGAAACAACAUCCUCCAUGCAUUAGUGACUGUGGCAGAGGACUCCAAAACACAGAAUGACUUUGUGAUCAGAAUGUAUGACAUGAUCCUGCUGAGAAGUAAAGACAGAACUCUGGAAACAACCAAGAAUAAGGAGGGUUUGACACCGCUGCAGUUAGCUGCAAAAACUGGGAAAUUAGAGAUUCUGAAGUACAUCCUGAGCAGAGAGAUCAGAGAGAAGCCAAACAGGAGCCUGUCAAGAAAAUUCACAGACUGGGCUUAUGGUCCUGUUCAGUCUUCUCUGUAUGACCUGACAGAGCUGGACACUACUGCUGACAACUCAGUGCUGGAAAUCAUUGUCUAUAAUACAAAUAUUGGUAAUCGUCAUGAGAUGCUGACUUUGGAGCCUCUGAACUCACUGCUGAGGAUGAAAUGGAAGAAGUUUGCACGGCACAUGUUCUUCAUGUCCUGCUGUUUUUAUUUCCUGUACAAUGUAACAUUAACAUUGGUUUCCUACCACAGGCCUAAUGAAAACGAAGCUCCUCCUUAUCCACUGGCUCUGACCCGAGGCGUGGGGUGGCUGCAGUUGUCAGGACAGGUGAUGGUUAUGUUAGGAGCAAUAUUUUUAGCCAUAAAAGAGAGUGUGGCCAUCUUCCUGCUCAGGCCCUCAGACCUGCAGUCCAUUCUCUCUGAUGCCUGGUUCCACUUUGCAUUUUUUAUACAAGCUUUGCUUGUGAUCUUCUCUGUCUUUUUGUACUUGUUUUCCUACAAAGAACACCUGGUGUGUCUUGUUUUGGCAAUGGCCCUUGGCUGGGCCAAUAUGCUCUAUUUCACCAGAGGCUUCCAGUCCAUGGGCAUUUACAGUGUGAUGAUUCAAAAGGUCAUCCUGCAAGAUGUGAUCAAGUUUUUAGUUGUCUACAUCGUGUUUUUGCUGGGAUUUGGUGUAGCUCUGGCUGCCCUGAUUGAGACGUGCCAGGAGGGUGGGGAAUGCCACUCCAACAGCAGCCUGGGACCUGUCCUGAUGGAUCUUUUCAAGCUCACCCUGGGUCUGGGUGACCUGGAGAUCCAGCAGAACUCCAAGUACCCUGUCCUGUUUCUCCUGCUCCUAAUAACUUUCGUUGUGCUGACUUUUGUUCUUCUCUUGAACAUGCUGAUUGCGUUAAUGGGAGAAACGGUGGAGGAUAUUUCUAAGGAGAGUGAGCACAUCUGGAAACUCCAGAGAGCCAGGACUAUUUUGGAAUUUGAAAAAUUCUUACCAAAAUGCCUGAAGAAAAAAUUCCAGCUGGGAGAACGGUGUAAAGUGGCUGAAAAUGACACCAGGGUGUGUUUAAGGAUUAAUGAAGUGAAAUGGACCGAGUGGAAAACCCAUGUUUCAUUUAUUAAUGAAGAUCCAGGGCCAACAGAUCCAAGCAAAAUUCAAGAUAAUUCAAGAACUAAUAGCAAAAACACCCUGAAUACAUUUGAAGAAAUGGAUGAUUUGCCUGAAACUUCUGUUUAGUUGUGCUGUGCCUGACGUGUGGCUCUU